GUCCGUAGUUUUGCGACACUUGUGUGAAUAUAUAAUUUAUCGAGUGUACGCAGAAACCAAAAACAUAAAACACUUGAACCUGUCGGAAUCGUCAUUAGUUAGUGGCUUUGGUUUAUUAUUAUUAUUAUUAUUAUUAAUAUAUUUUUUGUACUUUUCCGUUUCGAUUGAUCAUUGUAAAAUAACUACCUGUAACUAUUCCUUAUAGUAAACAUGGUUUCCGCGCGGAUUUUGAUAUCGAUGGUUGUAAUAAUUUCGUUGGCCCAAGUGAGUUUUGGUCGAUAUAUUGUCAAUGAUUAAAGUGAGGGGGGGGAUUAUAUUUACGGAAAAUUCAGGGCCCUAUACAAGCACUAACGAAACAAAAUUCCAGGAAAAUCACGGAAUCACGAUUUUCCAAAAUGUUUUUCCCCACAUAUACUCGUUUAUGAAAUGUUUAUGUUAAUAGGGCUUAAAAAAAAAAGUCUUAAUCGUUAACAUAGAAAAAAAUAUUAUCAUUUAUAAAACUAGUUUAAAAUUUUCAAGAUUUAAAAAAACUGUCGAUGAACAUUUUUUCGAAAUCGUAAUGUUAUUAAAAACUAUAAUACAAUUGCUUUUCUUGUGAAUGACAUAAAAAAACACUGUGUGUAAGUACUAUUAAUUGUUAAUAUAAAUGUCUUAUAUCAAAAUAAAUACUCUUAUAAUUUCAUAUUAUUUUUCUGCUUAUUAUUUUAAAGAAAUUCUUUGACGUCUUUUAAAUACCAUAGUACUGUAAAAUAGUAUGUGCGUAUAUUUCAGCGCAUUUUCGCAGUGGCAAUAACUAAAGCGUUACGAUAAUCGUAACACUAUUAUAAAAUUAUUGUCAUCGUAGUCACUGACAUUGAGUUAUUCUGUUGAAAAUUUAGUUCAUAUAUUGUCAGGGGACCCCGCCGAAACCCAAGACCAGCCCAGUCAAAUCCACCACACCCGUUAAAGCCGCUGCAGCUCCCAAAGUCACGACGCCGCCGUUAGUAGAAAAAAAACCAUCAGCCAAGGCAGCCGAAGAGAAAACUGGAGCGAAACCCGAGGAAAAUACUCAAGAAAAAGUCGAAGAAGAAGAAGAAGAAGAGGUAUAAAAAGGAACUUAAUAAACUUCAGACAUGUGUGUUGUAUAGAAAUCGUAAAAGACGACCAAUACCGUUUUCCACGCACUGAAAAAACAGAAAUGCCAAAGUAGCUGGUUUUCAAAAUGAUCUUCCUAUAAUUUAAAGCUGCAUAAUAUGGAAUAGCUUUAUAUAUUGUUAAAAUUACCUACUAUUUUUAUUUAGAGAUUUAAUUCUACUUAAAAGUACUAAAACUGCAGCUAUAAUUUAUAUUGGUGGAUGGAUUAAAAUGAUAUAGGAAAUCUACCAAAAUUUUCGAAACAUUUAAGCCAUUUUUGAGCAAUCUAUAGACAUUUUAAUUUUAUGAGUGUUUUACGCAAUGUUUAAUUGGUAGGUAGUCUAAACAACAUUUUUAGACUAGACAUUUGGAUAACACACGACAUAAGUGGCUUAUUUUCUAUACGGGUGACUAAAGUAUGACUCACUUUCAGCAUUGCUAGUGUAGUAAGUCCUAUGUAUAAGAUCAUACAUGGCUAAAUUGAUUUAGAACACCGUAUUUUAAUAUUAAAAAAAAAAAAAAAAAACUAAACUUCUUACAUAUUUUUAAAUAUUGAUUACUUUAAAAAUUAUUUCAAAUAGAAAAAUAAAGUAGGUACCACCUAAUAGAUUAUUAUAAAAUUUAUAAAAUAAUCAACAACUUAUAUUCUGUGGUUCUGACAGACCGUAUUUCCUGGUAAACAACGUUGAAAUAAAACGUACGACUUCACUAUUUAUCAUUUAUGGCGAUUAAGGUUCGCAGCUUCUCGUUUUCGCGAUUCAAACAUUGGUACUUAUCUAGUUUCUUUAGAAUUUAUAAUUGUCGCGAGGAUUUUUAGAAAAUCGGGUCCGCAUCGGGAAAUCGGGAUAUAUUAAUAAAGUUGUACAUUAAUAAUUAUCAUAUUUUCCUGAAAAUUCAAUUAUCUAUGUACGGAAUCAAAAGAAAACACAACCAAGUGCGCCAAGAUGGCUGAUCAUUAUUCGGUACAAAAGACGAACAAAGGAAUAUUAUACGUCCAUAUUAUUUUGUCAGGGCAAAUAAAAAUAUUUAACCAAACAUUUGUUUUAGCUAAACAUAACUGUAACAAUUAUCAGAUACAAAUCGUACUUAUAAAAUUGUUUAGUUAUAAUAACUCUAUGGUCAUAGCGAAUACGCCUAAAUGAUGGUCACCCUAACUUUGUGUUUUUUACCUGUGCUCUAUUACCGAUUUAUUUUUUUCAGUGCGGCACAGAAAACUUGCAGACAUUUUGAAAAUCUCCACUGGGCUUUCUAUUAUAUUAAUUAUUCUCAGAUAUGGAAGUAUGGAAUUGUAGAGUUUAUAACCGAAGUUUGAUAUUUUAGUGUUUUUUUUUUUUUUUUUUUUUUGAUACAGGAAUUUCACGAUAAACUUAUAAAUGAGGGAUAUAUUAUGUGAAAUAUUGACUAUGAUAAACCUGAAAAACUCGAGCGAUAACAACAAUAGUUCGAAUUAAACAGAUAAUAACACAAAAAAUUAGAAAAUAAUAAUUAAAAUUUCUAUUUAUUCGUCGGAAAACGAAAAUAUUGUGUUGUUUUUGGUUUUUUUUUUUUGGGCUCAGUUGCCUUGUUACGUUAAUUUUACGGACGUAAACUGAUUUCGGAAGAUAAUAUACCAAUUGUUAUAUCUCUGAAUAUAAUAAAGAUAAUCAAAUUCUGUUUUUUUUUUUUUUUUUUUAAUUACUUACAAGGAUAAGGACUACAAAUAUUUAUAUUUAAAAUUUCUAUUUUUUCAUGUUUUGGUAAAAAUUUUAAAAAGAUAACUAUUUAUUUUAUUUUUUUAAACUAUUUUUUUUUAAAAAAAUCAAUUAGCGAAUGACAUAUAAUUAUAUAGAUACCUACUUUUCUUUGAACUUUAAAAAAUUAUUAAAAAUCACAAAUUUAAUGAAAAUAAAAAAUUGAAACGUCAAAAUUUUCAGAAGAUUCAUAAACUCAAUAAAAUUUCUAUCUUUAAAUUUUUCGAUAAUAAUAAAAUAUAAAGUCAAGUUUUUAGUUUUUCUUUGCCAAAACAUACAAAUUUAAUUCAAAUACAAAUAUUUAUACCUACUCCUUGUCCUUGCGAGUAACAUAAAAAAGAAAAACAGUAUUUGAUUAUCUUCGUUAUUUCAGGAGGUAUUGCAAUUGGUAUAUUUUUUUGAGAUUUACUGGUAUAUUAAAUUAAAAACUCGAAUCUAUCAAAAUCGGUUAAAAAAAUUAUAAUUCGUAAGUUGGCCGUUAUUUCUCACGAAAUGACCUUUAAUAUAAAAAUUAUUCGUAAUAUGUAUAACAAUUACGAUCGAUUGAAAUAUUGUCCGAAUUCGAGGUUAUUUAUUAUUAUGAUGCACACGAAAUAAUAGUAUUUUGUUUGUUUUAUAAUAUUAUUUAUGGUUUGUUGGUAGGAAGCAGGACUCGAACCAAAUUCUCUGGUGCCGGAAGAAAAACCAGGUGUAAUAAAAAGAAUAUGGAACUAUAUCUCUUUCUGGAAUCCUUUUAAAAUUAUAAUUAAUCCGUUCAUUACGGUUUAUCGCAUGAUUAGAGGCUCUCGUGCGGACAAAAACAAAAUGGAACCAGAAGAAUACGUACCGAAAUUUAGUAGUAAGAAAAGACCAUGAAUCUCUAAUAGUAAUAUUAUCUUGAUAAUGAUAAUGUCGACGGUGGUCAUACGAUGGUAGGUAUUCAGAUAAUUUGACUGUAUGAAUAAAUUAUUAAAAUUAUUAAACUGAUUAUACAAAUAAACGCUUUUACACGCCUAUUAUAAUAUACGAUUGCCU